GUGCGGGCAGGUAUCCGCCUCCCCUCCAGGUGCGGCCGCACCACGUGACCCCGUCGGGAACCGGAGCGCGCGCACCUGUGUGCUGACGUCAUGCGUGUGAAGUACCUGCAGCGGGUCGCGCGGCGGAGCUCCGUCAGUUGGUGACUGAACCCGGGACCGAGCGGAUUACCGGCCUCCCGCCCUGCUGCCCCCCUCCGCCUCUGCCUCUGCCUCUGCCUCUGCCUCUCUCUGGACCGACCGGACGCCGCGGGACUCAUGGCGGCGGCUCGCCUCGCGCUCCUGGCCGCUGUGGUGGCGGUCUUCCAGGUGGCGGCUGACGCUCCUCCCGAGAUGCCGGUGUGUGUGCCGGGCUUCACGUCGCAGCAGCUGAGUGUGUCGGUGAGCCGGAAGCUGCUGGUGCGCGGCCAUCGGCUGGGAGACGUGGGCCUCUCUCAGUGCACAGACCGCAGGAUCGUUCUCAGCAGCGACACUCGCUUCGCAGUACAAAGAGACGGAACCUUAACAGUAACCAGACCAGUUUUCCUCCAUGAAGGGGAGCUGGAGUUCUUCCUUCACGCCCGGGAUUCAGACGGUGGCAGGAUCACCGUCCCCGUCAGGAUCUCUCACCACGCAGGCCGCCGGCAGGACGUCCCGGCCACAGCCUCCUCUUCGGCGGAGCCGCCGCAGGAACCGGCGGAGCCGCCGCAGGAGCCGGCGGUUCCCAUUCUAGUCUUCCCGCGGUCCACCAAGGGUCUGAAGAGGAGAAAGAGGGACUGGGUCAUCCCAGAUCUCGCUGUGGUGGAGAACAGCAGAGAAAGUUACCCCAUCAGAGUAUCUCAGAUCCGCUCCAAUGAAGACAAGGCGAAGAAGAUUUACUACAGCAUCACGGGGCCGGGCGCCGACCAGCCUCCCGUGGGCCUGUUCACCAUGGACCGCACCACCGGCAAUCUGUACCUCACUCAGUCGCUGGACCGCGAGAAGCAGGACAAGUACGUGUUCCAGGCUCACGCCGUGGCCGAGGGGUCGGGGAACGCCGAGGAGCCCAUGAACAUCACCGUCAUUGUCAUCGACCAGAACGACAACAAGCCCAUCUUUGUCAACCAGACCUUCAAGGGGGAAGUGGCGGAGGCCUCGCCGAUCGGCUUUGAGGUGAUUGCCGUCAAGGCGGAGGACAUCGACCAGCCAAACACGGACAACUCGGACCUGCGUUACACAAUCCUGAGCCAGGACCCGCAGCAACCGUCCGACUCGGUGUUCGUCAUCAACCCGGUGACCGGAGUCAUCCGAGUCAACGCCGUCGGCCUGGACCGAGAGAAAUACCCACAAUACACCCUGGAGGUUCAAGCAGCAGACAUGAUGGGAGAAGGCUUGACGGGAACAGCUAAAGUUAUCCUCAAGGUGACGGACAGCAACGACAACGCUCCGGUCUUCUCCCAGCCCUCUUACACGGCGUCAGUCGCAGAGAAUAAAGCGGACGCUCACUUGGUCACCAUGUCGGUGUCGGACGGCGACGAGCCGCACUCCCCGGCCUGGAACGCCAAGUUCAAAAUCGUAGACGGCGAUCCCGAAGGACUCUUCACCGUGAAAACGGCCAUGAACAAACAAGAGGGCAUCAUUUCGACUGCCAAGGGUCUGGACUUUGAGCGGGCCAGGGAACACACCCUGCUGGUGGCGGUGGAGAACGAGGUUCCCUUCGCCUUGCGACUGCCCACCUCCACCGCCACGGUGGUGGUCACCGUGCUGGACGUCAACGAGCCCCCCAUCUUCGAUCCGGUCGAGAAGAUGGUGUCCAAACGGGAGGACCUGGCGUUGGGCGAGGAGGUGGUGCGGUACACCGCCUCCGACCCGGACACCGACCGCAAGCAGACCGUCAUGUACCGAGUGAUCCGUGACCCGGCAGGCUGGCUGAACGUGAGCAGGAAGACGGGGCUGAUCACAGUGAAGAGCCCCAUGGACAGAGAGUCGGCCUUCGUCAAAGACAACAAGUACACUGCGCUCAUCGGCGCAUACGACAACGACGAAGUCCCCGCCACGGGAACGGGGACGCUGGUCAUCCAGCUGGAGGACGUCAACGACAACGCCCCCACCAUCGAGGAGCGCUCCUUCAAGGUGUGUAACAAGGAGCCGGCCCCCAUCCUGCUGUCGGUGACUGACAAGGACGGCCCCACCUUCACGGCGCCGUACAAAGUCAGUCUGUUCGACUCCACCAAGACCAACUGGACCGCCAGGAUGAACGACACCAAAACCGGCAUCAUCCUCAAUCUGGCCAAGGAGCUGGAGAGCGGCGAGUACACCGUGGUGCUCAGGGUGGCGGACAACCAGGGAAUGGCGCAGGACAACACCGUGCUGGCCACGGUAUGCGACUGCACCGGCGAGGAGGUGGUGUGCAAGGGGCGCAUCGCUGGAGGGACCAGCCUGCCCGUCAUCCUGGGGAUCCUGGGAGGAAUCCUGCUGCUGCUCAUGCUGGUGCUGCUGCUGCUGCUGUUCGCACGGCGGCGGGGAGGAGAGAAGAAGGACCUUCUUCUGCCGGCAGAAGAAAUUCGGGACAACAUCUACUACUACGAUGAGGAGGGAGGCGGAGAGGACGAUCAGGACUACGACCUCGGCGUUCUGCACCGCGGUCUGGACAACCGGCCCGAGGUCUUCAGGAACGACAUGCCUCCCACCUUGACCUACGAGCCGGUUCCUCAGUACCGCCCGCGCCCCGCCAACCCGGAGGAGAUCGGCAACUUUAUCGACGAUAACCUGAAAGCGGCGGACAACGACCCGACGGCGCCGCCGUACGACUCUCUGCUGGUGUUCGACUACGAGGGCGGCGGCUCGGACGCCGGCAGCCUGUCGUCCCUCAACUCGUCCGGCAGCGGCGACCAGGACUACAACUGCCUGAACGACUGGGGGCCGCGCUUCAAGAAGCUGGCCGACAUGUACGGAGGAGGAGAGGACGACGACGACAUGCUGUGAGGCCGCCUGGCGGCCGCGGCGCCGUACAACACGGGACGACUCCUGAGGGACACUUCCCCCGAACUGAGGACUGAACGACCUGCGCUCAAAGACAAAGGAUGAGUUUGGAUUUGUUUUUUUAUACACGUGAUGACUUUUACAUGUUUGACCAGAUGGUUCAUGAGUUUAUAUGAUUUCUCACACACACACACACACACACACACACACACACACACACACACACACACACACAGGUAACCCGUGUGUAACUUUUCAUGUUAUUUUUUUUGUUUUUUAAGGUUUUUACUGCUGUUAUGCUUGAUAGAAUCAGAGGGAUCAGGCGGUCGGCCGCCGUCACAUCUCCUCCAGAUCAGACUGUUCAAAUGUUUCUUUUUCUUUUUAUAAAAAAAAUCGUUUCACGUUGACUUCAUGUGUUUUUAUGCACUGCACUGUAAAGAAUCUGUGUGCAGCUUCUUUUAAGGUACUUUGUUUUGAAUGAUUUGUUUGAUUUAUAUAUAUAUAUAUAAAGUUGUCUUAACACAA